UUUCAUGAUUUUGCUUCUUCCCGACCGGUACCACCAUCUUGUUUGUUUCAUCAAUAAAGAGAGUGUAAGACUUAAAAGACGAUUAAAGUUUUUAGAAGUGUGUUUUUUAUUGUGUCUUGUAUACAGUAAAUUAUAAUACAAACUUUGAAUAUGUCUCACGGUGGUAGAAAUGAAUGUAGAAUUUAUGUAGGCAAUUUACCUCCCGAUAUUAGAACGAAAGACAUUCAAGAUCUUUUUUAUAAGUUCGGUAAAGUUAUUUUUGUUGAUUUAAAAAAUCGUAGAGGACCACCUUUUGCUUUCGUCGAAUUUGAUGAUCCAAGAGAUGCUGAGGAUGCAGUACAUGCAAGAGAUGGAUAUGAUUAUGAUGGUUAUAGACUACGUGUAGAGUUUCCAAGAGGUGGAGGUCCUAGUAAUAAUUUUCGUGGUGGUCGUGGAGCAGGAGAUAGUGGAAGAGGUGGUCGAGGUGAAAUGAGUAAUUCUCGAGGACGUGGACCACCUGCAAGAAGAUCUCAAUAUAGAGUUCUUGUUACGGGUCUACCUCCUUCUGGUAGUUGGCAAGAUUUAAAGGAUCAUAUGCGUGAAGCUGGUGAUGUUUGCUUUGCUGAUGUUUUUAAAGAUGGUACUGGAGUUGUUGAAUUCUUACGAUAUGAAGAUAUGAAGUAUGCUGUAAAAAUUGAUGAUUCAAGAUUUAGGUCUCAUGAGGGUGAAGUAGCAUAUAUUCGAGUGAAAGAAGAUCAUAACAGUGGCGAUAGGGGACGCAGUGAAGAUAGGGAAAGAGGUCGAAGUCAUUCACGAAGCUAUAGUCCACGGCGUCGUGGUUCACCUACCUAUUCACCAUUACGACGUAAUUACUCGCGAUCAAGAUCUCGCUCCAGAUCUCGUUCAUACGACUAGUGUGUACGUAUAUGUUUCACAUGGUAAUAUAAGUAAAGGCUUAUCAAUAUUUGCUUUACCAUGUUUCAUUAUUACUGAUUUAAAUUUCACUUAAAGACACCUUCCAAUCCAAACCAAUUUUGUACAAAUUAUAAAAUUAUUUCUAUGUUGCUUGAAUUUAAUAAUUGUAUUGUACCUAAUGUAUAGUUAGAGCACGGUUCAUUUUACAUAUAUCAAAACUGUUUUUU